CAGUAGAGAAUUCAUUCUAGUUUUAGCCGGCGCUAAAAACAGACGUAUUAAAAACCUUUCUCUUAAAUCUAUAAAGUUAAUCUAUAAAAAUGGAAUUCGUAGGCAAGAAAUACAAGAUGACUUCCUCCGAGAACUUUGAUGAGUUCAUGAAGACCAUCGGCGUGGGUCUGAUCACCCGCAAAGCCGCCAACGCGGUCACCCCGACCGUGGAGCUUCGUAAGGAUGGUGACGAAUACAAUUUAGUCACCUCUUCAACCUUCAAGACCACUGAGAUGAAGUUCAAGCCCGGCGAAGAGUUCGAAGAGGACCGCGCUGACGGUGCUAAGGUGAAAUCCGUAUGCACAUUCGAAGGCAACACCCUCAAGCAAGUCCAGAAGGCCCCCGACGGUCUUGAAGUCACUUACGUCAGGGAAUUCGGCCCUGAGGAGAUGAAAGCUGUGAUGACAGCUAAGGACGUGACUUGCACCAGAGUCUACAAGGUCCAGUAAAAGGACUCUACUCCGAGAUCGGGAGUCGGUGCCGCCGAUUCACGAACAUCCCGCGGCACAAUUAUGUUUAUUUAGCAUCUAUUCUAUACAUUAGCCCUUUCUAGCUUUUUCGUAAAACUAAUUUUAGUUUUUAUAUCAGUCAUCGUCUGCCGUUCGAAUUGCAAAAGCGAGUGGCGGUGACGAAACUAAAAUAAGUUGAGCGACCACGGUAACAACAGCGGGGCGCUUGUGCGCGAAGCGUUUAUUGUAUUCAAAAAUACGUUUAUUGUUUAUAUUAAGCCAAAGUUAACGUUUUGAUCUUCAGGAAGAUCGCACUCGAUGUUUUCCAUUGCGUAUUAAAUAAAUGUAUUUUUUUUUGUAUGUAU